CUGCACUAGAUUGGCUUAGCCCCCGCCUUCGUCUUCAAGCUUUUGUGCAAAACCCUAGACCUCAUUUCUCAAGUUUUCCCUACUGAUCAUUCUCGAGCUAUGGCGCUUCUCUAUCGCCUCCGUUCUGCUUUCCCUUCGAACUCGACUUAUAUCAACUAUCAUCUUCACUACCGUUCUCUCUCGACAAUCCUUUCCCCCGAUUCCUCUACUCCUUUGUCAGCAAAACAAAAAUCCAGGGCCGCACUCUCCCUACUGAAAACGGAGGAGAAUCCUGAGCGCAUAAUUGAUAUUUGCCGAGCCGCUGCUCUCACUCCAGAAUUUCAUCUCGAUCGUAUCGCUUUCUCUGUUGCCAUUUCCAAGCUUUCAAAAUCCAAGCAUUACGAUGGGAUUCACCGGUUCCUCGAGGAAUUGAAAUCUCGUCCCGACUUGAAGAACGAGCGUUUUGCUUGCCACGUUAUUGCUCUUUAUGGCCAGGCUAAUAUGCUUGAUCAUGCUAUUCGAACUUUCAAGCAAAUUGAUGAACUGGGUGUGCGUCACUCUGUUAAAUUGCUAAAUUCAUUGCUAUUUGCUUGUAAUGUAGCUAAGGAUUACAAGGAACUGAAACGGGUUUUUAUGGAGUUCCCUAAGAUUUAUGGAAUCGAACCGGAUAUCGAUACUUAUAACAGAGUGAUUAAGGCGUUUUCGGAGUCGGGUUCGUCGAGCUCAGUGUCUUCGAUUGUGGCGGAGAUGGACAGGAAGAAUGUCAAACCAAAUGCAACUUCUUUUGCGAAUUGGCUUGCUGGGUGCUACAUGGAAGAGAAGUAUGAGGAUGUUGAGAAGGUCCUAAAAUUGAUGGAGAAAUAUGGCGUGCGGCGUGGAGUUGCUACAUAUAAUGCAAGAAUACAGAGUCUUUGCAAAUUGAAGAAAUCAGCAGAAGCAAAAGCUUUAUUUGAUGGAAUGUUAUCAAGAGGUACGAAACCAAACUGUGUUACAUAUUGUGAAUUGAUUCAUGGAUUCUCUAAGGAAGGAAAUCUAGAUGAAGCUAAGAGCCUUUUUAAAAGAAUGAUCAACAGCGGUUGCAAACCAGACAGUAAUUGCUAUUUCACUUUGAUUUACUUCCUUUGUCGAGGAGGAGAUUAUGAAACAGCUUUGAAGAUCUGUUCGGAGAGCAUGGAGAAGGGGUGGGUUCCAAAUUUUGGUACAAUGAAGUCUCUUGUUGAUGGGCUAGUUAGUAUUUCGAAGGUCGAAGAGGCAAAGCAACUUAUUGGGCAAAUCAAAGAGAGGUUCUCAAAUAAUGUUGAAAAGUGGAGUGAAAUGGAAGCUGGAUUACCUCAGUGAGGAAAUUCUGGGAUCCUGUGCAACUAUCAAUACCAAGCGAACGUUGAGGAAAAACUAGAGAACGAGGCAUUUUUUCUUGGCUUGAGCUAAUUAUUCUCUGCAUAUGUUUUACAUCGAUGCAGUUAAUUGUUUGUUUUGUCAGGAAGCUGUUAUCACAAUAGCACUUUUUGUGACCCUUCUGAGAGGCUACGCUGAAAUUCUAAUGUCUUUUAUGUUCUGGCUUUACCGCUGGCUGAAAUUUGUAAUGCUGUAGUUGAACGAAUUCUCUAACGAUUGGUAGGCUUUGACCUGCUUAAAGAAGGGUGAUAAUGUGCUUGAAAUGUAGUCGUUGACCUUCCUGUUAGUGCCAUAUUUCGUUUGUAGAGCCGCAUAAUAAAUCCAUGGCAUUCCUACCGGAUGAUGCUAUUACCGUACCUGGAGUGAGUUACAAUUAUGUUUGCUCAUUCUUGAAUCUGAGGUGUAUGGGGUGGCAGGAAAGUGUAAUGAAGAUCACAAAAUUGAAUAAUUUCUUAUGUUUUUCACAACUAUAUUACAUCUCUGCACUAAUUCUUUUCCUCUCCCUUCUCUCUCUCAUGUACCUGCAAGGAGAAACAUCUGAAGAGCCACAGUACUUCCAUACAAUUGAAUAUUUUCUCCUAAACUGGAUUGCUUGAUGAUUGAAACUUGAAACAGCUAAAUGGUUCCCUUUCUCUGUGGCCCAUCAUCUGAAUGGAAACCCUAGGAAGUUUCCUUUAUAGAAUUUGGAAACACAAACCAUAUAAAGCAUCAACAACAUCGAACAACUUACAUUUAAGAGAAGCUGCUUGUUAGCUUCUCUUGCAGAUCCUGACCCCAUGAUACAUAUUCUGAGAAUUAUGAAACAUCCAUCACCAUCUACACGUGCAAGCUAUGGAAAUCAUUCUGAAGGAUCGUAUAACUCAACCCAGAAAUCUUAUUCAUGCGAUUGCUUCUCGAAGCAUCAAAAGUCGAGCACAUUUUUGUAAUGAAGCGAUUGCUGGUUAGCUUCUUCUUCCUUCGCCAUGACAUUAUAGAUUGCCAGAAGGUGGGUGGUGAAUUUCUACAGCCAGAAGAAGCCAUUUCAGGUCCUUGAGACCUCUGUGAGCUGAUGGAGGUUUCAAGCUCAAUCUUGGCAAAAUAAUCGAUUUCCUUCUUUAUGAGCGAACCAAUGGUUCCUCGAGUUCCAAUGGCAACAGGAGCAGUUGCAGCCAUUCCGUAAUGGGAUUUGUAGAAUGUGUUGUUGGGUUUAUUAUGUUGCAUUCGUUUUGAUGUUGUAAAAUUGAAGAAAUGGAAAGAAGGUUUUGGGAUGAAGGAUGUGAGAUGUUGUAGGGUCCUUUUUCCUAAAGGGGUUGUGAUUUGUUUGCUUUGAGUCUAAGCCAACUCCUUUAUUUUGAUCUUUUCAUAAAGCCGUCUGUUGAAGUAAAGUGCUUUGGAAGAGAUAGAGAGCAGCAUCAGCUUGAGAUUUUUAUAUAAUAUUUCAUUCUGAAUGUGAAUGCUGCGAAGAAGCAUCCCAGUGUUUUCCUGUCCCCGACGAUAUUAUGAUACCUUUUCUGAUCUCUAAUAAUUCCGCUGCCCUCAUUAUUUUC